GGAUGUUGUGGGGAUCUGCGGCCGCCCGGCCCAGCUUCCUGUAGCCGCCCGGCGGCGCCCUGCGCUCCUCUUCGGGAGUGGUAGUUCUUCUCUUCACCGGUGCCUGGCAGGAGGCGCAAGCGGGACUACGCGUCACGGCAUGCACUGCGGCCCCCAGCCGGUCACCGCCUGUGGGCUGCAGACGCCUGCGAGCAGGUUGUUGUUUUUAUAAGAGGCGUCACUGGCGCCCGAGCUGUGACCGCCGCCACUGGGGCAGCCAGCACAAUUGGGCGGAGGUGGCGUUGCCCCUUCAGACCUGAAAGAUGUCUGAAAAUUCCAGUGACAGUGAUUCAUCUUGUGGUUGGACUGUCAUCAGUCAUGAGGGGUCAGAUAUAGAACUGUUAAAUUCUGUGACAGCCGCUGACAGCUGUGAGCCCACCCCAGAAUGUUCAUCUUUAGAGCAAGAGGAACUUCAAGCAUUGCAGAUAGAGCAGGGAGAAAGCAGCGAAAAUGGCACAGUGCUUAUGGAAGAAACUGCUUAUCCAGCUUUGGAGGAAACCAGCUCAACAAUUGAGGCAGAGGAAGAAAAGAUACCUGAAGACGGUAUCUAUAUUGGAACUGCCAGUGAUGAUUCUGAUAUUGUUACCCUUGAGCCACCUAAGUUAGAAGAAAUUGGAAAUCAAGAAGUUGUCAUUGUUGAAGAAGCACAGAGUUCAGAAGACUUUAACAUGGGCUCUUCCUCUAGCAGCCAGUAUACUUUCUGUCAGCCAGAAACUGUAUUUUCAUCUCAGCCUAGUGACGAUGAAUCAAGUAGUGAUGAAACCAGUAACCAGCCCAGCCCUGCCUUUAGACGACGCCGUGCUAGGAAGAAGACUGUUUCUACUUCAGAAUCUGAAGACCGGCUAGUUGCUGAACAAGAAACCGAACCUUCUAAGGAGUUGAGUAAACGUCAGUUCAGUAGUGGUCUCAAUAAGUGUGUUAUACUUGCUUUGGUGAUUGCAAUCAGCAUGGGAUUUGGACAUUUCUAUGGCACAAUUCAGAUUCAGAAGCGUCAACAGUUAGUCAGAAAGAUACACGAAGAUGAAUUGAAUGAUAUGAAGGAUUAUCUUUCCCAGUGUCAACAGGAACAAGAAUCUUUCAUUGAUUAUAAGUCCUUGAAAGAAAAUCUUGCAAGGUGUUGGACACUUACUGAAGCAGAGAAGAUGUCCUUUGAAACUCAGAAAACGAACCUUGCUUCAGAAAAUCAGUAUUUAAGAAUAUCUCUGGAGAAGGAAGAAAAGGCCUUAUCCUCAUUACAGGAAGAGUUAAACAAACUAAGAGAACAGAUUAGAAUAUUGGAAGAUAAAGGGACAAGUACUGAAUUAGUUAGAGAAAAUCAGAAACUUAAGCAGCAUUUGGAAGAGGAAAAGCAGAAAAAACACAGCUUUCUUAGUCAAAGAGAGACUCUGUUGGCAGAAGCAAAGAUGCUAAAGAGGGAACUGGAGAGAGAACGACUAUUAACUACGGCUUUAAGGGGGGAACUCCAGCAGUUAAGUGGUAGUCAGUUACAUGGCAAGUCAGAUUCUCCCAAUGUAUACACUGAAAAAAAGGAAAUAGCAGUCUUACGGGAAAGACUCACUGAGCUGGAACGGAAGCUAACCUUCGAACAGCAGCGUUCUGAUUUGUGGGAAAGAUUGUAUGUUGAGGCGAAAGAUCAAAGUGGAAAACAAGAAACGGAUGGAAAAAAGAAAGGGGGCAGAGGAAACCACAGGGCUAAAAAUAAGUCAAAGGAAACAUUUUUGGGUUCAGUUAAGGAAACAUUUGAUGCCAUGAAGAAUUCUACCAAGGAGUUUGUGAGGCAUCACAAAGAGAAAAUUAAGCAGGCUAAAGAAGCUGUGAAGGAAAAUCUGAAAAAAUUCUCAGACUCAGUUAAAUCCACUUUCAGACAUUUUAAAGAUACCACCAAGAAUAUCUUUGAUGAAAAGGGUAAUAAAAGAUUUGGUGCUACAAAAGAAGCAGCUGAAAAAGCAAGAACAGUUUUUAGUGACUAUUUACAUCCACAGUAUAAGGCACCUACAGAAAACCAUCAUAAUAGAGGCCCUACUAUGCAAAAUGAUGGAAGGAAAGAAAAGCCAGUUCACUUUAAAGAAUUCAGGAAAAAUACAAAUUCAAAGAAAUGCAGUCCUGGGCAUGAUUGUAGAGACAAUUCUCAUUCUUUCAGAAAGGCUUGUUCUGGUGUAUUUGAUUGUGCUCAACAAGAGUCCAUGAGCCUUUUUAACACAGUGGUGAAUCCUAUAAGGAUGGAUGAAUUUAGACAGAUAAUUCAAAGGUACAUGUUAAAGGAACUGGAUACUUUCUGUCACUGGAACGAACUUGAUCAGUUCAUCAAUAAGUUUUUCCUAAAUGGUGUCUUUAUACAUGAUCAGAAGCUCUUCACUGACUUUGUUAAUGAUGUUAAAGAUUAUCUUAGAAACAUGAAGGAAUAUCAAGUAGAUAAUGAUGGAGUAUUUGAGAAGUUGGAUGAAUAUAUAUAUAGACACUUCUUUGGUCACACUUAUUCCCCUCCAUAUGGACCCAGUCGACCUGAUAAAAAGCAACGUAUGGUAAAUAUUGAAAACUCCAGGCAUCGAAAACAAGAACAGAAGCACCUUCAGCCACAGCCUUAUAAAAGGGAAGGUAAAUGGCAUAAAUAUGGUCGCACUAAUGGAAGACAAAUGGCAAAUCUUGAAAUAGAAUUGGGGCAUUUACCUUUUGAUCCUAAAUACUGAUUCACAAUUGAGUUAAAUUAGACGACUGUAAGAGAAACAUAUGCUUUGUACAAUGUUUGGUAUUGAAACUAAUGAAAUUAUCAAGAUGACAAUGUCUUUUUUUGUUUCUAAGUAUCAGUUUGAUAACUUUGUAUUAUUACUCAGAAGCAUUAGUUAAAAGCCUACUAACCUGCAUUUUCCUGUAGUUUAGCUUCGCUGAAUUUUUUUUGACACUGGAAAUGUUCAACCGUAGUUUUAUUAAGGAAGCCAGGCAUGCAACAGAUUUUGUGCAUGAAAAGAGACUUCCUUUCAGUGUGAGAGCUUAAAGCAAGCUCAAUCAUACAUGACAAAGUGUAAUUAACACUGAUGUUGGUGUUAAAUUUGCAGCAGAGCUUGAGAAAAGUACAUUGUGCUGGAAUUUCAUCAUUAACAUUUUAUAAUCUUACACUCACUUCUUGUCUUUUUGUGGGUUCAAGAGCCUGCUGACUUGUGAAGAAUUUGCUGCCCUCUUAAGAGCUUGCUGACUUGUUUUCUUGUGAAAUUUUUUGCACAUCCGAAUAUUGUCGAAGAAACAAUAAAACUACACCAUGAGGAAAACUAAAGGUCUUUAUUUAAAAUCUGGCAUUGUAUUAACAUGUGAUUUUAUACUAUGUGGUAUUUUAUACAUUUCCUCAGUAGUGAUAUUUGGUAAAGCAGUUCAUCUAGUUUUUUUCUAAGUUCCAUGAAUCUUACCCAGUGUUCACUGAAGUAUUUAAGCAGCAUCUGAAUAUUUCCACCCAGCAAUGUUAGUUUAUCUCAGAAAGUUCAGAAUUCAUCUUCGUGUUGAAUUUCCCUUUUAACUUCCGUUCAUAGACAUAUACGUGACUUCCAAUUCGACCCUCCGGCAAGUGAGUGUGGAAGAAAACAGCAGUUCUGUUAUAAUUGCUUGAAAUUAGGAAAGCACUUAUUUCCUAGAAGCAAAUAAAUGUUUAAGUAAAUAAAGGCUACGUUUUGCUGA